AGCUGCGUCACAAGAAUCAGGUUCAGGCGGCCCUGACCAGACUUCAGCAAAUAAACAAGUAGCCGUUGUGCAACAGAAGACUAUCCCGCAGCUUUCCCCACAGCAGAUGCGAAAUGCGGACAACUCAGGUUUGAUGCUCCUCAUCACGACCCACGCUCUGGUGUUGCUCGCGAUGCACCCAACACUGCAGAGGUUGCAGCGGGAAAUUUUCCGGGAAUAUUCAUCAGCGAUCGGACGAGAUGAAAUGGACGGCGAGG